AUGUCAGAAAGAGAAUCAUUAAAUAGUCAAUUGGAACAUCUCCAAAUGAGAUAUGUAGGAACUGGACAUGCUGAUAUAACAAAACAUGAAUGGUUAACAAAUCAACAUAGAGACUCACUUUCAUCAUUUAUUGGACAUCAAUCAUUUUUAUCAUUAUUUUCUAUUGCAGAAAAUGAAUCAGUUGGAAGAGUUAAAUAUAAUACAUUAAGUAAAAUGAUUUCACCAUGUGGACCACCACCAAAAAUUAAAGAUACAAUGGAUUUAGAAAAAGAUAAUUAA